GAAAAAACAAUGGAGGAACAACAAUGGAGUACACAGGAUGAAGAAGUAGUAGAGGAGAAGCACCACCAAAGCGAACAUCACGCGCUCGUUCGACUCCUCGCGCUGGCCUUCGUCAAGGUCGGCGGGAGCCCCACCCGUACUGCGCCGCCGGCUUGCACUCUCGGCAAGGCUUCCGUGGAGCGCGUCGCCGCGGAGAAGCCUUCUCAAGCCCAAGUCGGUGAUUCGCCCGUCAGCAAACCGCCGCCAUGGUGCCCCUCGCGGCUCGCGCCAAAACCACCGCCGCUCGGGGUCCCGCGCCCCCGCACGACCCGCGGCGGGCUGGCGGCGCCCGUAGCGCCCCAAUGGCACAGGGGUUGAGGGAGCUCCAGGUCCGAGCCCUCGACGGGCGGUCCACCGCCGUAACGCUCGCCGCCGCCGCCUCCGUCGGGGACCUCAAGGCCGUGCUCAGGAGCUCCUUCCCUCCCGCGCAGAUCUCCCACAACUUCCAUCUCCUCCUCAAGGUGAACCAUCCCCCGGAUGCGUUUCUGACCCUUUUGGUUUGGGUGGAUGCAGGAUGUCAUUACCACUGGCACUGAGUGUCACGCUUCGCGGAAUUGCUGCACGCCGGCACCUGAUCUCUGCACACGAAAUACCUGCAGCUCUUCUGAUGAUAGCAUGUUUUCUCAUGAUGAAGGGUGCUGAACUGCGAUUAGACGCCGAUAUUGACAGCCUCGUCGUCAGCGAUGGAGAAUUCAUCGUCCUCGUUCCCUUUCCACGGAAGUCAGGGCAGGCCGCUCCAGUGGCCAUGCCAGGCGAAGAGGGGAGUGCAAAUCCACCAACAUGUAGAUGUUCAUGGAAAAGGAGGAAACUAUGUAAGGAGAACGGAAAUAGCUCCAGGGGUGCAUCUGGAGUGGACGGUGCAUCGGGGCAGCCUACCAUGAGUAAGAAGAGUGGUUUUGUCAAAUCUGCUGUAUCACCAUGCCAUGGUAAACACCCCUUGGGACCUGCUGAAAUGGUUGAACAUCUGAAAAAAGGCCUUGGAAAGGGGGGACAGAUUGUACAUGUUGAAGAGAUACCAUGUAGAGGGGCAUCAUAUGCAGAAGUUCCUCGUCAUCUUUCAGAAGCUAUGAGGGAAGCAUUAGAAAGUAUUGGGAUAACUAGAUUGUAUAGCCAUCAGUCUGAAGCUAUACAAUCUUUCAUUUCUGGGAAGCAUGUUGUGGUUGCAACCUCAACAUCGAGUGGGAAGUCUCUGUGUUACAAUAUCCCUGUUCUUGAAUCUCUCUCUCAAGAUUUGACGGCGUGUGCUCUUUAUAUAUUUCCGACAAAGGCUUUAGCUCAAGAUCAGUUGAGGACUUUAGUGGAGAUGAAAAAAGCAUUUCGCGCCGAUAUUAAUGUUAACAUCUAUAAUGGAGAUACUCCUAGAGAAGAUCGUCUGUGGAUCAGGGAUAAUGCCCGGCUGUUAAUUACCAACCCAGAUAUGCUGCACUUGUCAGUCCUACCACGGCAUGGUCAAUUUCGAAGGAUUUUGUCAAAUCUCAGGUAUAUUGUCAUUGAUGAAGCACAUUCAUAUCAAGGAGCAUUUGGCUGCCAUACUGCAUUUAUACUUAGAAGACUGAAGCGCAUUUGUUCACAUAUUUACUUGCCUUACGGCAGUCAUCCUACAUUCAUGUUUUGUACAGCUACCUCAGCAAACCCACGUGAGCAUGUUAUGGAGCUGGCCAAAUUGGAUAAUGUUGAGUUGAUUCAGAAAGAUGGAAGCCCAUGUGGUUCAAAAUAUUUUCUCCUGUGGAAUCCCCCACUACAAAUGACAAAAGAGGGAAGUCCAAAAGGUAGUUCAGUAACUAGGCGCUCAAGCCCAAUAGUAGAGGUUUCUUAUAUUUUCUCGGAGAUGGUUCAACAUGGGCUCCGCUGCAUUGCAUUCUGUAAAACAAGGAAGCUAUGUGAGCUUGUUCUAUCUUACACGCGUGAAAUUCUUGAGGUGACUGCAAAAGAACUGGUAGAUUCUAUCUGUGUAUACCGUUCUGGCUACAUUGCAGAGGAUAGAAGAAAAAUUGAGGCUGAUCUCUUUGACGGAAAACUUCGUGGUGUCGCUGCAACAAAUGCUCUUGAGCUGGGAAUUGAUGUUGGACAUAUUGAUGCAACAUUGCAUCUUGGAUUUCCCGGGAGUGUUGCCAGUUUAUGGCAGCAAGCCGAAAGAGCUGGAAGGAGAGCAAAACAAUCAUUAGCCAUUUAUGUUGCAUUUGAGGGUCCUUUAGAUCAGAAUUUCAUGAAUUCCCCACAUGAACUAUUUGGCAGACCAAUUGAGCACUGCCAAGUUGAUUCACAUAACCCCAAGAUUUUCGAACAGCACCUUGCCUGUGCUGCUUAUGAACAUCCAAUAUGCCUGCAAUAUGAUGAGCAGCACUUCGGUUCUAGUCUGGAUAGUAUAAUGACGACUCUAAAAAUGAAAGGUUAUCUGAUUAACAAUCCAUCUGGACCUUUUUCUUCGACUAUGUGGAAGUAUAUUGGACCAGAGAAAAGACCUUCACAGACAGUGAGCAUAAGAGCAAUUCAGCAUGGCAAGUACAGCGUAAUAGACAAGUUAAAUAACAGAUUACUUGAGGAAAUUGAGGAAAGUAAGGCAUUUUUCCAGGUGUAUGAGGGUGCUAUUUACAUGCAUCAGGGUGUCAAUUACUUAGUUGUCGAGCUUGAUUUAUCAUCAAAAACAGCUUUCUGCUGGAAAGCUGAUGUGAAUUAUUACACAAAAACUCAAGACUACACUGAGAUUAAUGUCCUCGGAGGAGAUUUCGCUUGUCUUCCGACGGUUACAUGCAAAACUAACUGUUUGAAUACAACUGCCCAAGCAAAUGAUUGCCAGGGGACAACCCAAUGGUCUGGUUUUCAUCGCAUACGUAGAUCAGACAAUGAAAUAUUGGAUAGCGUUGGACUUUGCCUACCUCCAUAUUCCUACAAUUCUGAGGCUGUUUGGAUACAGAUUCCGCAGUGGGCAAAAAUUGCUGUGGAGGAAAGGAAACUAGAGCUUCGACGUGGUUCACAUGCUGCUUCACACGCUCUCUUGAAUAUAUUGCCUUUGCAUAUGAUGUGUAGUGCUUCUGAUCUAGGAACGGAAUGUCAUGAAACCCGUGGUAAUCCAGAAAGAAUUCUUUUAUACGAUAAACACCCUGGUGGUAUCGGCAUAGCAUCAAAGGUCAAAAUGCGUUUUGGGGAACUUCUACUUGCUGGUUUAGAGCUUGUUUCAACAUGCAGUUGCACUAGUGGUGAUGGUUGUCUAAGAUGUAUACAUUCAUAUACAUGUAGCAUAUAUAACAGGGUUUUGGACAAGGAAGCGGCGAUUUUGAUCCUGAAGGGAGUAAUUGAAUACGAGAGAUUAUAUUUUGAAGUGGAAGAAUCUUCUUAUAGAAGCCGAUGUGCAAGAGAGGUACAAACUAUGAGUUGUGACGCACUAACUAAACAUUCUUUCAAGGCCUUUUCUAUUAGAAACAUAUAAACAAUUGUAUGGUUACCAAUUGAUUCUUUGCAUGUGCACAUAAUUGAAAUUCAAUUACCGGUCC